UCAUUAUUUGGCGAUAUGGUUUAACGAUAUAGUUUCUUAGUCGUAUUUUUUAAUUGUAAAUAACCUUUAUCUUUAUUAAAUAUUUUUCCGUAAUAUGGCAAAGACUAAAACAAUCAGUAAAGGCUGCCCUAAAUGUGAACAGCAGGUACCUGUAGCCUGCAAAGCAUGUCCAUGUGGGCAUUCAUUUUUUAAUGCAAGGCGUAAUUCUAUCAAAAGUCCUCCUAGUCCUGACAAUGGGGUAAUGAAAACUAGAAGAACUAAUCGAAUCAAACGAGAGAAACCAAAUUAUUAUGAUGCAUUAGAGUAUGAUAAGCAGUCAAAAAAAAGUGCUAAAAUCAGGAAAGCAACAGAUACUGCUAGUGAUAUAGACUGCAGACAAUUAAACAAAAAGAAGAAACGAAAAGCAAAGGGUAAAGGCAAAAGUGGAAGUAGUAAUGGAAUAGGAGAUGAUGAUGAUGAAAUGGAAGGAAUCAAUGGUUUGUCUCCUGAGAAACAACUCACAUGCUCUUUGAUACUGCAAGAAUUAAAUAACAAAAUGAGAGUUGUAGCCUGGAAACCAACAUAA